AUGCGUGUCGUGACGUCAUUUGUAACGAGAGGCUGCCGAGGCGCCGUGCCGUGCACAGCAGAGGGUUCCACGCGCGAGGUGCGCGGCAUCUGCUCCCCGAGGGAAGAUGAAUUGCAGACAAUGCGGCGUGAUUUGGAAGACACGAACUGGAGAAAAAUGGCGCCGCUAUUCAUGAGGCCAGAGGAUCAGGAGCGAACACGGCGGCGGCCAGCGCGCUGGGUAGCCCCCACUGAUCACACGCCGCCCUUGUCAGCCCCCACCUCCAUCAUCGACGUGGAGCUCAGCCGCGCCAAACUUCUGGUACUGGACGCGACGGGGCGUCGGGACCCACGAAGAGAGGCAGCGUCUCCUGACGCUGCGUCGACGGCUGCUGAGUGGGCGCCGGACAAGGCGCUGCAGUGUCAGACUCCUCGGGGGUGCCCAAGGAAAGCGGCUGCAGGACAGGCUGCACAGCCACCGCUUGGGAAGGCGGCCCGGCUGAGGGGUCGACGUCCAUCAGCUCCGAAGGCGGUGGCGACUGAAGAGGGACCGCAGGCGCCGGAGCGACCACCUGGGGCGCUCCCGGACGAAGCUGCGCGGGAGGCAUCAACGGGACGGGCUGUCGGCGUGGUAGCGGCGACGGCUGCUGCUGCUGCUGCUGCUGCCCUGGGGGCGGCAGCGAAGUCUGAAGGCGCGGCUGGAACCCACCGCGGACCAAAUCUGUGGACAAAGAACGAGCGGCAGAAUCCGGGCGGCCAGCGCGGCGCAACUGGUUCUGAUGCCUCCUGUGCAACCCAGUAG